UCUGCUUACUGCUUAGUGCCUUCGUACACUCGCAGUCGCUCCGGUACGGUGCACAGCCGCACAGACUGCCACCUGAUCAGCCAUAGCCACCCUAACGUAAAAUUAUUUGUUGUCUCUCUGAUGUUCGCUGCCUCGCACUGCUGUCACUUCAGGAAACUAGGAAGGACUCGUCGCAGCCAGCGGAACUUUGUACCACUCUGUAAGCACUCCUGAAGGACUUUGGUAGCCCUCACUUCCAGCAUGGCCUCCUUCACCUGCCUCACUUGUCAUGUGGCCUUCGCGGAGGCGGACGGUCAGCGUGACCACUUCAGGUCAGACUGGCACAGGUACAACUUGAUGAGGAAGGUGGCUGAGCUGCCACCAGUAUCCAGGGAGACGUACAAUGAGCGAGUAGGACAGCAGCAAGGGAUCUGUGCCAGUGCAACAGCAGAUGGCUCCAAGAAGAAGAUUCCAUGCCGUCCAUGUAAGAAAACCUUUGCCAAUCAAAAUGCUUAUGACAACCACAUCAAGUCCAAGAAGCACAUGGAGGUAGUGGUUGCAAGCUUUGAAGCAACAAGAAAUAAGAAAAAUCUCAAGCAUCAAAAGGAAUUUGUAGCAGCAGCAGCAGCAGAAGAGGAUAGUGAUGAUGAAGAUAUUGAGGUGGAGGAAGUGGACAGUGAUGAAUGGGAGGGUGAGCCAGUGGAGUUACUUGACUGCCUCUUCUGCCACCACCAUUCAGACACACUGGAGGAGGAGCUGCAUCACAUGAGUGAGGCACACUCCUUCUUCCUCCCUGACCUUGAGUACUGCACUGAUGUCCCAGGACUUGUCACCUACCUGGGAGAGAAGAUUGGCUGUGGUUUUGAGUGCCUAUCUUGCAAGUGGACUGCUCAGAGAUCUCCAACGCUGGAUUCUGUACGCAAACACAUGAGUGAUAAGAGGCAUGGCAAAGUAGUGCUGGAGGGAGACAGUCUCGUAGAAUAUGCUGAGUUCUAUGAUUACUCUACCUCAUAUCCUGAUGCAGCUGAGAAUGUGUCAGCAGAUGAGGAGGUGAAACAGACGGUGCUCUCUGGGAAUGACUACCAGCUGGUGUUGCCAUCAGGGGCCACCGUGGGACAUCGUUCACUUACCAGAUAUUACCGACAGAAGUUGGAUCCUAAUCGAGGAGCUGUUGUUGUGAAGAAAAAACCAGGUGCAGCCUUCCACAGCUUGAUGGCAAAAUACCGAGCACUGGGAUGGACUGGGGCCUCCGCAGCAGACUUGGAGAGAAAACACCGUGACUUAAAGUUCAUGAGAAAAAUGCAGCAAAAGCAGUGGCUUCACCUUGGAACUAAGGCAAACAAAUUAUUCCAGCCUCGAAACCAGAACCCUAUAUGAGCAGUGGCAAGUUUUUGUAUCUCUCUGCAGAUGCAAUCACCUUUCCUCAAGAACUUUAUAUGGAUGAACCAAGAUGAAGCAUCUGAGGUGAUUGAUAUUAAUUAUAAGAUAAUAUUGCCAUAAUAUAAACCAAUAAUUCAAUAAAAGAAGGAUUUAAAAGUGGCUUUAAUAUAUGAAAUAAUAAUGAUCCUUUGUAAGUGAUAGGUGCAUUUGAAAUAAAGUAUAUGCUAAGA